CAUCUUUAUGUUGACAUUUUGAAUCUAUUUAAAUAUCCAUUUUUUCGACGAUUACUUCAUUUGUUGCACACACACUCUAAAUGGGCGGGUGCUGUUCUUCCCAGGCACAAUGUUGCUUUUGGAAGGCAUCAUGUGGCCUUUGCUGUUUUUGCCUGCCACCAAUAAAUGAAUCAACAACUACACGUAUCAUGUAUACCAUCUUUUUUGUCAUUGGUUUUCUGGUUGCCUGUUUUAUGCUGUCACCAAAUUUUGAAAAUGCUAUUAUGGAAAAUAUACCAGGAUUUAAUGAGACAUGUUUAGAGUUAAAUGCUGGAGCCAACUGUGGCAGGUUAACUGGUUAUAAAGCAGUAUAUAGACUGUGCUUUGGAAUGGUGGUGUUCAGCUUUAUCAUGUUUAUCACGACACUUUGUGUAUCAUCUAGUGCUCAGUGCAGAGGAGCGUGGCAUAAUGGAUUUUGGUUGUGGAAGUUUUUACUGUUGAUUGGAUGUUGUGCUGGAGGAUUUUUUGUGCCAUCAGAAUACAGUAUAUACUGGAUGUAUUUUGGUAUGGUCGGAGGGUUCGUCUUUAUUUUACUACAACUCAUUCUCCUGGUGGACUUUUCACACUCCUGGAAUGCUAAUUGGACUGGUCUAAAGAAAAAUAAGAAAAGUAUGAUUGGUUAUUGUGGUACAAUGCUCUGUGCUGGCAUGUUGUAUGCUAUCUGUGUCUUUGGAACUAUCAUGCUGUUUGUUAACUAUACCAGCAAGAAUGGAUGUACUCAUAACAAAGUAUUCAUUGGAGUGAAUGUGGGACUCUGUAUUCUGUUAUCUUUUGUUACUAUGUUACCAGUGGCAACCAAAUACAAUAAAAACAACAGUCUUCUACAAGCAUCUAUUAUAAGUACAUAUGUGAUGUAUUUAACCUGGUCAGCCCUGUCUAGUGAACCUCCAGAAGAAAUUACGAUGAUAUUAGAAACAGUCCGGACUAGAGUAUUAGAAUCUAUGCGACAAAUAGAUCCAUCAAGCACUGGUUCUCCACCCUCUGAUAAUGAACUUCUCAGGAAGAUGGACCAUGCCUCUGGACCACAAGACAGUUUUCAUGUUAUGACUAACACAACAAAGAUAAUGUGUCGACCUGAACCAUCAUUUGCCUAUAGUGAAAUGGUAUCUGCAUAUGCUGGACUGGUGAUUACAUUUAUUAUGGCAGUUUAUGCAAGUUUAACAUCCUCAAAGGAGUCCCAUAAACUUGGGAUCAGAAGGGGAUCAAGAGAAAAUAUACUGGAACCUAGACAUGAAAAUUGUAGUUGUUGUCCAGUCAGUAUAAGACAUAAUCCGACUGAGAAAGGAGGCCAACCUGUUGUGUACAAUGAAAACAAUGGUACAUCCUAUAACUACGCAUUCUUCCACUUUGUGUUCUGUUUAGCUAGUCUGUAUGUCAUGAUGCAGCUUACAAACUGGUACAGGCCUGCUGAAUCUGACAUAAACAAGUUUGGCCUAAACUGGUCAGCAGUAUGGGUAAAGAUGGGAUCAAGUUGGACAUGUGUUAUUGUAUACCUGUGGGUAUUGUUUUGUCGUAGAUGUUGUCCAUGUUGUCGAGAUCUAUCAUUUCCCUAUAAGGACGACGAUGCAGAGAUUGAGGUAGGAGAGUCAGCAAGUCUUAACCACCUCCCUGAGACAAUCACAUCCAGAGAAUCAGUUCUUUGAAUUUAAUUAUGUUCUAAUUACUUGUUAAGUCUCAGAGAUAUAAGUAUAUACUUUUCUAAUCAGUACUUAUAUCAUUUUAUAUAGUGUUAUUGUUUUUGUAUAGUUCAUGUUUUUAGAAUGUUUAUAAUUGUUGUCUUUUGUAUGUUUUUUGGAAAGAAAAUCAAGUAGCAUUAGUUAAUUUAUUAAAACUGAAAAGCAUUGCCUUUGGUAUUGGUAUGUCCUGAUACCAACUGACAAUUUUGGAUUCAUUUGUCAAAUCAAUAAUUCGUUAAAGGGAGAUAAUAGAUGACAUAUAACUUCAAAUUUUGUCUUUUUGUUAAAGACAGAAUCCACCAAUGAAAAAAUCAAAUAACUACACAAUCUAUGUUUUUAUUUAUUUUUUAUAAACCUGAUUACACUAAUAUGUUUUAUAUUGUUGAGGUGAAAAAAUGAAUAAAUAAGGCAGACAAAUCAGUUCAAAAUCAUUAUAAAAUUUAUAUUUUUUUAAAUAAAUAUAUAAUCAAUUCUUAUCUAUGUUUUAUCUUAAAGUAACAAUUAGCAAUAGAGGUACAUAAUUGUUGUGUUUUGGAUUGUGUUAUGUAUGUUGUUAGUGUAUAAUCCUUUUAUUAUUAAAAAACAUAAAUAAAAAUCUUUUUGCCAUGAAAGAAAUUCUGGUACUUUUUUGUUGUUUAUAAACUGUUUUAAUGACUGUUUUAUAGUAAUUACAUGAGGGUAAUCUAAAAUUUACAGAUUUUUUUUUUAUGAAUUUCACUUUAGCGAUAAUUGUUUAAUCAACUCUAAAAUUCAUGUUGUAUUUUGAUAUAAUAAGGCAUUAUAUGCAUUAUGAAAAGUGUCUUUCACAAAUGUUAUGUGAUUUUAACACAUACUUCUAAUUGAAAACAUUUUAAUUGAUGAAGUGAUCCAAAUUGCCACAAUGUUAGUGAGUGCCAUAUUAAUAAGUUUGUAUUUUUUCCCUCAAAUGGCAAUCGGAAUUUAGUUCUUUAUAGAAGAUAGGAAUACAUUUACAAUAUAAAAACAGAGUGUAAAUUUUUCUUGAAUGAAUUAUGGUGGAAAAUUUGUUAAAAUAUGUAAAGUUUGGUACCCUCACGUUAGUGUUUUUAUUCCGUACCUCUGAAAGUGUGUCAUAGGGCAUUAUAUUAUGCUUUUGGUACUUAACAAAUUUUGUUUUUUAUUUUUAUUUUUGUUUUGUUUUAAAUGCUGUCAUUACUUAAUCAUGUUCUUAAAAUGUUAAAUUUGAGUACUACUAAUACAUGUACAUUAAAUGAGGGUAGAUUUUCAGGUUUAAUUAUAGACAAACAUCUACUUGCCAGUAGUAUGCAGUUUUAGUGUAAUAUAUUUUUAUGUAUUUUAUAUCCUCUAAUUUAUCUGUAGUCAUUCCUUGGUUAAAUAUUCAGUAUUCUGUUUAUAUAUUUAUGAAAUUAUAUUUAAUUUCUUUUGUCAUAAUAUUACAGCCAUAUUGUUAAUAAAUUUUUUUAUAGAUUUUUUUAUGUAUUUUUUAAUGUGGUUUUUGGUAUUACAACAUUUAUGUUGCUCAUAAUUUCCGUGUAUUAAUAGCGUCUUAUGUGUAAAAUAUCUGAUAAGUAUUAUUAACAAAAUUUAUCUCUACAUGAGGAUAUUCUAAAUAAAAAUAUCACAUGGAAAUUGAAUAUUUCUUGUUAUCAACUCAAGCUAUGUCAUUCCUUUGAUGUGUUCAUAUGUUUAUAUGUUAAAUGAAAUUGAAUAACAAGAGUUGAUAUCAAGCCAUAUCCAAUUCUCACAAGUUCCCAAUUCCUUGUAUGGAUGAAAGGUUUUUUUUUCAUGUUUCACUUCAAAUGUAAGUCUGCUUAUAUGGAUUGUAAAUAUUAAUUCUGGAUUAUUAGAACAGAGUUAUUUUUUUAAUAAGGAAGAUAGAUAAUUUGAAUGACAUUUAAUACGUUUUUCUGUUUCAUAGAGUAAUUAAUUUUAGUAUUAAACUCAUGACAGGGUCAUCGGUUAUAAAGGCUUUUCCAUAAAAACAUACAUGGGACUGACAAAAAGCCCUUGAAAACUUCAGAUCAUAUACAAGUUUUAUGUCCCAAGUCAGGAGCCUCUGGCCUUUGUUUUUUUUUAAAUUUUAGUUCAUAUGUUUUGGAGUUUUGGUGUGACAUCCAUUUUCACUGAACUAGUACACCUCCUGGUGCAGGAUUCUAUCCCUGUGUUGAAGACCCAUUGGUGGCAUUCAGCUGUUAUCUGAUCUUUGGUCAGAUUGUUGUUUCUUUGACAUAUUCCCCAUUUCCAUUCUCAAUUUUAUUUAAAAGACUAUUUUCUAAAGUGAAAAUGACCGAGAUACUCUAAAGUUGCUUGCAUAGACAGUUACACAAUUUUCAAAAUGCCUGCCCUGGGUUCCAUGUAUGUUUUAAUGGAACAGCCCUGUAUAAAAACUUCAUAAUUAUGUUGUUUAACUUUUUGUUAUAGUCUUUGUAUAUAGGUCAUUUAUAUUUUGUUAAAUGGUUUUUGUUUUAUUAUAGAGGAUAUCUUCCCAUCAAUGCAAAGAAUCUCACUCACAGAUCAAGGUUGUAAAGUUUUAUAGAUCUAUUGGGACCAAACUUAUGUUACAGUACCAAGUUUGAUUUAAAGAGGCGAUCUCUUGUAUAUAUAAACAUUUUUUUAUAUAGAAGAACUCUUAUCAAACUAACAGCUUUUGCUUGAAUUUAUUUUAUAGUGCAGUUUUCUACAUGAACACACACAAUGGCGGUUGUAUAAUGGUAUCUUUUUUAUCUAUUUUUUUUAUUGCAGAAUGCUUUAUUGUCAAUAGAUGUGCUGUAAUUUUAAUAGUUUUCAGAUAACAAGGGGCUAACAAGGGUUCUUAUCCCAUAUUUUAAGAUUAAACUGUUUUGAUGACACAUUUUUUUUUUUUUAUUUUUUUUUUAUGAAACUCUUUCCCUUUGUGUUUAUAUCUAGAGGCCUGACUCUGUAUGUUCUUAAAUUAAUCAGUUGGUCUUAAAUUCACAUGAAGACACUUAUGCUCAAUGAUAAGUUUAUUUACAUCAGAUUUGGAUGUCUUUCAUAAAUUUAUUUCUUUAGACGAGUCCUUUUGGUAUUUUUUUACACAUAUUCUUUUGCUCUUUGACAAUUUUAAGAUACUCGAUGCUUUUCAACAAUUUUGUGCAACCUAAUAUUGUGCUAAGAACUGAACUUAGUCAAUACCAAUACUUGAUUUUAAUAAGCUUAUGUCCUAUCUUCCCUUGUCAACAUAUUUUUUUUUGGUUUUUUUUAUAAUAAUUUUUACAUUUAAUGUUAUAUGUGGUGUCAUUGUUAUGAUAGAGCCAGUUCAUUGUUGUAUUGGUACCAGUUCAUGUACAUUUUUAAUAAAGAAAAAUCCAUUGGAAAGACUAGACUACCCCGGUAAGUAAAUGUAAAGUUGUAGAUAAAAAUACAUGAGUAGAUAUAUGUUGUAAUAUUUUAUAGUAAAGUAAUUUUAUUGGAAAUUGGAUUGUUAAGUAACUUUGUAUGUUUGUUUAUUUUGUACAUAUAUAUUGCAUUUAAUCUGUAAUUAGCUAGUCAUUAAUUAGUUAAAGUUCUUUUACUCUGUUUUAAUUUCAACUUUGAAUACUUUAUAGACAACAUGAGUAGGGUUUUUUUUACAUUAAUUUGGGAAAAAAUAGAUUGACUGUUAUGGGUUGAGAGUAAACUUUUAUUAUCUGCAUUCUAUAAAUUGGAAGUAUGUUAUUUUUCUGUAAAUGUAGUGUUAUUUUUGUAAAUUAACAUCUUUGUAAUAGUAUUAGAAACGGUACCAAAACAAUUGUAACUUGAUUUUUUUACGUUUUUACAUUAUAAUUGAAUUUUCCUUAAUUAAUUGGUCCAAACAUUGACUUUCUAAUAGGAUUUGAUGAAUUUUAUUUGAUUGAAAGGUCUGAGCAUAUGUAAGGCAAAACUUUGUUGCAUUUUUAAUCAACCCAACCAAAAAAACAAAAAAAAAAUAACAAAACUGAGAAAGGGUAUUAUCCCACAAACAGUGUGAAUAAAGUUUUUUUUUAUCAGACAUAAAAAUUUGAUGUUUUCUCAUAGAUAAAAAUGUUAAGAAGUUGUUCACAAUUACAUUUUUAUGCCCCACCUACUAUAGUGGAAGGGCAUUAUGUUUUCUGGUCUGUGCCUCCGUUCGUCCGUUCGUUCGCUUCAGGUUAAAGUUUUUGGUCAAGGUAGUUUUUGAAGAAGUUGAAGUCUAAUCAACUUGAAACUUAGUACACAUGUUCCCUAUGAUAUGAUCCAAAUUAAAGUUUUGACCCCAAUUUCACGGUCCACUGAACAUAGAUAAUGAUAGUGCGAGUGGGGCAUCCGUGUACUUGGGACACAUUUUUUUUAUUGCUAGAACAUCACGUUAUCCUUUCCCUUUUCAUUAUGUGUAUGAUACAUCUGUAAAUUGUUUUCUGGUGUCCUACAAACUCAAAUCUUUGCAACAGUAUCGCUUUCUCCUGAGGCAUUUUUGACAAUAUAACGAUUAUAUAUUUAAGAUAAUAGAAUGUUUUUGAAAAUACAAAGAACUAUCAGUUCAGUUUUGGUGGUAGAAAUGACAAUUUUUUACUCUAGAUUUAUUUUAGUAAUCUGGAUUCCAUUAGAUUACAGAUGGAACUGGUCUUUAAAGAAAAAUAUCAUUGUUCAUUUAUCUUCUUAUAGGUUGUAAAUACAGGCAUUCAAUUAGUUUGUAGUUUCUUGGGAUGGAUACCCUUUUAAUCUUGCCAUAGUUCAUGUUCUCUUUAAUUGCUUUUUAUUAUGCCCUCACUGUAGCAGAGGGAGGCAUUUAGUUUUACCCUUGUUGUACAUAGAAUUGUACAUAAAAAAAAUUUAACAACAUAAAACUGGAAACAAAUCAAACACAAUCAUAGUCUUUUGAAUGAGUAAAACAUAUUGUCACUGACUCAUUGAAAGUAUGUUUGCUUGAGGGCACAUUCUGAAGAAAAUUUACUUCCAUUGGUCAAGGAGAAAAUGUGUUAAACCCAUUGAAAAGCUAAAAUUAUUUUUAUUAUCAUAACAUCAUAUAAUUCAAAGCUGUGACUUAUCUUCAAAAAUUUGUUUAGUCCAAUUUCAUUCUCUUUUCUGUAUGUUUUAUGGACCUCAGAUUCUGAUUCAAUAACAACUUCUUAUGCAUUACAUACAAGAUUUUAAUUAUUAUUAUAAAAUCUAGUUUAAUUUGAUUAAAGUAUAGACAUUUUGAUUCAUCAGUCAGACAAUUUGAAAGAAUAGAACAACACUUGAGCAAAAAACAAAAAUGUAACUUUAGUCAUAUAUUUUUCUAUAACUUUACUUUUCUAUAACAUUUCUUUUCUAUUACAUUACUUUUCUAUUACUUUACUUGAGAUGUGUUACUGUAAAACUGGUACCAGAACAUUGAUUUUAUAUAACCCCUUAUUAUGCUACAUGACUUGCAUUGCUUUGAUUACAUCAGUCCUUUAUUGUUGAAGUGGCUACAUUUUGAUUGUACAAAUGUACUUAUAAUGUGCUGUGUAUUAGAUAAUCAUACACAUGUAUUAACAAAUGUGCUGUGUAGUAGAUAAUCAUACACAUGUAUUAACAAAUGUGCUGUGUAGUAGAUAAUCAUACACAUGUAUUAACAAAUGUGCAAUAUUGAAUGAGGUGCUGUAGAAACCAUGAUGACAAAUUAUAUGUGAAAAUCAUUAGAUAUAAAAAUAUAAAUAUAUAAAAUAUGGUUUAAAAUCAGGUGUUAUUUUUUAGGGUCAGAGUACAGCAAAUCAUGUUUAAAAAAAUGCAGGCUUGAUUGUGCAGAAUUUUUGGAAAUCCAUUUAUAAUUGUCUUUAAGAAAUUAUUAUAAUUUAAGACAUUCUUCAUGCACAUAAAAUAGUGUUGGAAAGAAAAAGAGUAACCAACUGAUUGAGAUGGCUUCCUUGGAGUGUUAUUUUAAUAGUUUUAAUAGUUUUAAAUCGCCGUUUCAGAAUUUAAUGCAUCCUGGGUAAUAUUUUCAAAAGUGUACACCAAAACGUCCUGAUUGGUUAAAAAUAUCAUAAACUAUGGAAAUUAAACCAAUGACGUGACGUUAUUUUCAUUUUAAGGUACGAACAAUGAAAUUACCCAUGAUGCUUUAGAUUCUGAAAGGGCCAAUUGACUGUUGAUUCUUGAAAUAUAUAUCCUGAAUAAAAAAAGUGCUAAAAUGAAAUUUGGAUUUAAUGUAAACACUAUCAUGACUAUAGAACAACAGUUUUUAAAUACAAAAUGCAUCAUUUACUUAAACUUAUUAUAUUUAUAUAUUCUCUACUAUUGUACAAAUCAAUUUUCCAAAUAUUUCCGUUUUAACAAAUAUUUUGUAUACAGUGAAUCUCUUUUAAUAAACUGGACUGUUUUUAAUAUCUUAUCACACUGAGAGGAGUAAAGAUCCUUUACUUUUCCUAGCAACAAGGCAUUUUAAAUUUCAUAAGGUAUUUGGCAGAUUAUUGAGAGUUGUCUCCCCUAAAUAUACACAAAUAUGCUGUUUUCUCGAUUCUGCAGAGAAAAGAAAGCCAUUAGAUUUAAGUAUGACUGAUAGUAUCAACAGAAUAACAAAUUGAAAUUGUCAACAAAAAAACAAAAAUAAUUGAAUCUAUGAAAUUGAAAGUUUACUGAGUAUAAAGAGGUUAACUGUAUUAUUAUAAUUUGCCUUAAUCAAAAUUCUGUGCCUUCAGGUUGUAAUCAUAUUAUAACAGAUUUUCCUGUAUUUUGUACUUUAAAUUUAGUUAAUUAUGCAAUAAAUAUUGAUUUUAA